AUGGAAAACAACGGCGGCGAGAAGAUACGGUGGCUGAGGAGAACAGUAAACGAAACGGAACAAACGAUGUUUAUCUGUCAGCGGCAGAGCGAAAAACAGAGCAGAGCAGAGAGCGGUGUCGAACAAAGCAUUCGUCGUCUCCAACCUUUUGUGGUCUUCUUCUCCUUAUGCAGACGAAGCCUUCGUCGUCUCCAUCUCUGUCUCCGCCGUUCGUCGACUUCAUCUCUGUUUCGUCGUCGAGACCUGAACUCCGCCGUUCGCCUGGGUUACAGCCUCAACUACGCCGUUCGUCAUCUCCAUCUCUGUGUCGACCUGAACUCCACCGUUAGCUUGGGUGACAUCUCUGCCAUCAAUUCUAAGUUAAUUGAAUCUGAGGCGCAAACAUAUGCUCAGAAGAACAGUCUUUUCUUCAUGGAAACUUCAGCAAAAACCGCAGCUAAUGUCAAGGAGAUAUUCUCUGAAAUAGCAAGAAGGUUACCGAGAGUGCAACCAACAGAAAACCCAACAAGAAUGGUUCUACCAGAUAGGGCCAUGGAUAGGACAGUGAGUUCAUCUUGUUGUGCUUAGUUAUAUGUAAUGGAAUACACUUCCCUUAAAGGGGACCUUCUGGUCAGUCAAUAUUGAGUUAUGGACUUCUCUGUUUUGCAUAUCUUUGCUUUGUUUUACUUCUGUGAAUACAAUGAAGAUAUUUCAUAUUGAGA